AUGUCCGAGAGAGGCUCGUUCCGAGGGGGUCGCGGCCGCGGUCGUGGUGGCUCCCACCAACAGCGCGGUGGCGGUGGUGGCGGUGCGCAGGAGAAGCCCAAGAAGGAAAACAUCCUCGACCUGAACAAGUACAUGGACAAGGAGGUCCAGGUCAAGUUCAACGGUGGACGCGAGGUCUCCGGAACCCUGAAAGGCUACGACCAACUGAUGAACCUGGUCCUUGACAAUGUCAAGGAGUCCAUGCGUGAUGACGAGGGCAACCAGACCAGCCGGUCCCUGGGCCUGAUUGUUGCGCGCGGUACUCUGAUCGUGCUGAUCUCGCCCGCCGACGGCAGCGAGGAGAUUCCCAACCCGUUCGCUCAGCCCGAAGAGUAA